AUGGGCUCCACAUUGCGAAUGACAGUCACUGGUGCCUCGUCACGCGAGCUGCUGGCAGCCGAGAUGGGUACCUUCACCAUCGUUGCCACUUUGUGCCUUAUAUUUUCCACACUGACUGCAAGUUCGCUUGGAAACACAGACGAUGAACUAAAACUACAAGCCCACCUAAGCCCCUGCGAGCUCAUAAAGUACCACGGCUACCCCUGCGAGCUCAGCUAUGCGGCGACGGAUGACGGGUACGUGAUCGAGGUGGACCACAUCCCUCACGGUCGCGAGGGUAGCCCUUCCGCUGCCGGCAACCAGAGGACGCCCGGCUACCCGGUCCUUUUGCUGCCUGUCUUCACAAGCGCCUCAGACAUGUGGUUCCUGAACUACCCUUCGCAAAGUCCCGGCUUCCUGCUCGUUGACCGGGGCUUUGACGUGUGGUCUAUGAAUUCGAGGGAAGUGAAACUGCACUCGAACCACACGACCCUCUCUCAAGAUGACCACAAGUACUGGCGCUGGAGUUGCAGCUUCGACGAGAUCGGCCGCUACGACACGGCGGCGUGCGUGGACCACGUUCUCGAGGCCACCGGAGCCCCGAAGCUCACGUUGAUGGCACUGUCCCAGGGUGUGGUCACAGCACUGGUCUUGCUGUCCACGCGCCCGGAGUACAACGAAAAGGUCGACCUCGUCAUAGGAUAUGGCCCCGUGGCCAACAUCACACACUCGGGGCCACCUAUAUCAGUGGCAAUGCCAAUAAUAUCCCCCGUGCUUUUGGCGUUUGACCCAUUGUCCAAAGGAGGUUACCUGGGAUCAAGGCUUGUCUCCAAAAUGUGUAAUUUCGUCACCAGCCGUCUGUGCCCUGGUUUGAUGACGCUUACGCACUUGAGCAGCCCGCUUCAGCUUAACAAGGUGAGCGUGAAUACGAAAAACGCACAUGAAGAAAACGUCGAAGAUGAGUUAUCUGGUGACCAAUACGAGUCCUAUGUCCACCUGAACAAUAAUUUGCUCUGUGCGAAAAAAAAAAAAAACUACGCGAUAUCAAGUCUGUUUCUAGGAGCAUAGACACAUAGAUCGCAACAAAGAAACAAAUCUAACUUUCAGAACUUUGGAACAUUGGCUACUUUUGUGUAGGUAACAGCAUGCGGUACGGCAGUUGUGGACAAGACGUUAACAUAGUACGGGGACCGGUGCCACCAUACUUAGCCGACAAAGGAAGCAUGUUUCGAUUGCCCAUUCGGCGAUGAGCUGCUGCAGAUGCUUGAGCCAUCAUGUUAGGAUCUGUAGGUCGCAGAACUGGCACCCUUAGACAUUACUACAUUUCGUGUUGAUCAGCAAAAAUACGUAGGUUGAGGUGUU